AUGGCUUCAGCGCGCGGACCCCGAUGGCAGCAGUUCCUGCAAGAGUUGGUAAUGGUUGCCGGCACAUCGGCCUCUGCAUACUUCCUCAUCCGAUAUCUCUUGUCCCGUCUCGAUUUUGACCCCGAAAGCCAGAAGAAAGAGGAGCAGAAACGCAAAUCUGCGGCGAUCCUACGGAAACUCGAUGGAACAGAAGAGUCGGAUGAUGAUUCGCCGCGCAGAGGGGGAAAGCGAGGGCGCAAGGGGCCGAGGAAAGCAGAUCUGGUCCUCAACCAGUAUGAGCAGUCGAUCGCGAUGGAUGUUGUCGCCGCAGAGGAUAUACCGGUCUCGUUUGAGAAUAUCGGUGGUUUGAACGACAUCAUUGAGGAGUUGAAAGAAUCCGUUAUAUACCCGCUUACGAUGCCUCAUCUAUACUCUUCGACGUCUUCGCUUCUUACCGCGCCUUCUGGUGUUCUGCUAUAUGGUCCCCCCGGGUGCGGAAAAACGAUGCUGGCUAAAGCCCUCGCCCACGAGAGCGGCGCAUGUUUUAUCAACUUGCACAUCUCGACGUUGACUGAGAAGUGGUAUGGUGACUCAAAUAAGCUUGUCAAUGCUGUCUUCUCUCUGGCCAGGAAACUGCAGCCUUCGAUUGUCUUCAUUGAUGAAAUCGACGCCGUGCUCGGUACAAGACGGAGUGGAGAGCACGAGGCCAGUGGCAUGGUGAAAGCUGAGUUCAUGACCCACUGGGAUGGACUCACAUCAGCCAGUUCAUCUGGUGAGCCUCAACGUGUGGUUGUGCUGGGAGCUACCAACCGUAUUCAAGAUAUCGACGAGGCAAUUCUUAGGCGAAUGCCCAAGAAAUUCCCCGUGACUCUUCCCCCGGCCCAACAGCGAUUACGCAUCCUCAGUCUCAUCCUCAAGGAUACCAAGGUGGAUCGGGAGAAUUUCGAUCUUCACUACCUUGUCAAGGCGAUGGCGGGGAUGUCAGGUAGUGACAUCAAGGAAGCCUGUCGCGAUGCAGCCAUGGCUCCUGUCCGAGAGUUGAUUCGGCAAAAGACGGCAGAUGGCCAACAAAUGAACGCAGUUGAUCCCAAGGAAGUUCGUGGUCUUCGGACCGAAGACUUUUUCAGUCGUGCUGGAGGAGUGCGAGUCAUCCCACCACCGUCUUCGCUGCCGGCACAGUCCAGCAAAGCCAACUCCGAAAGGGACUGGAGUACCGAAUCAGACGCAGUAUCCGAAGUUGAUACACGACCUGAAAUGACGGAGCCCCCUGAAUAA